CACAGGGUUCAAAGUAUAUUUUACUAUCUACAGCGAUGGUUGAGGUAUCCAAUCCAACAACUAAUAAAACAGAAAGGGCACGAGCAUUAUUGGACUGCGGGAGUCAAUCCUCAUUCAUGACACAAUCUCUAAAGGAUAAAUUAUGUCUAUCAGGUCCAAUUGAAUUAAAUAAUUUAAACAACAUAGUCAAUAUCCAAUGUCAUCAUUCUUUGUCUUCAUCAGACAUAGUGGAAAAAGAUUUUAAUCAGCAAAUUUCCAGAUUCUGGGACCUUGAAGAAAUACCAUUAAAAUCAACAUUAAGUCAUGAGGAACGGCUAUGUGAAAAACACUUUAUAACUCACACUGAACGAUUAACUACUGGCAGAUUUUCUGUUAGAUUACCCCUUAAAGAUUCACCCAAUUGUUUAGGAGAAUCAUACACACUAGCAAAAAAACGGUUUCAUCUUUUAGAAAAAAGAUUUAGAAAGCACCCACAGCUUAAAUUAGAGUAUGUUAAGUUUAUAAAGGAAUAUGAACAGCUGGGUCAUCUCUCACAAUCUGACAUAUUACGCCCUGAUCUUUCAUAUUUUUUAUGCCACCAUGCUGUAUUCAAAGAAAAUAGUGAAUCAACCAAAAUUCGGGUUGUGUUUGAUGGCUCAGCUGCUACUUCAUCUGGGCUGUCAAUAAAUGACAUUCUCAUGGUAGGUCAAAAUUUGCAGGAUUCUCUUUUCUCCAUUUUAGUACGGGCUAGACAGCAUAAAUAUCUUUUAACCGGAGAUGUAGAAAAAAUGUAUCGCAUGGUGGAACUCAAUGAUAAAGACAGAAAUUUACAGCUUAUACUAUGGAGAGACGAUGAAUCUUUACCUAUCAAGACAAUGAAACUUAAUACUGUCACCUAUGGUAUGGCAAGUUCCAGCUAUUUGAGCACUCGUUGUCUUUGGCAGCUCGGUGAAGACUAUCCAGAUGUUAUAAUUAAAAAUGUUAUUCAACAUGAUUUUUAUGUAGACGAUAUGAUCACUUCAAGUGAUAGCGAGCAAGAGCUAAAGCAUAUUCUUAAUGGAGUUACUGCGGCAUUAAGGUUAGGUUGUUUUAAUUUAAGAAAACUUAAAAGUAAUUUAAAAACUCUGUUUGAUUCUUCUUCAAUAAAUACUGAUGAUAAAUUAACUCUCAGUGAGUCUUCUAGUACAUUAGGUUUGGGUUGGGACCCAUCAACUGACACACUUCAUUUUCCUAUACAUUCAUCAUUGUUAUCAAAGAACAAUAACCCAACUAAACGUUCAAUACUGUCAAACUUGUUUAAAAUUUUUGAUCCACUGGGUUUGCUCAGUCCAUGUGUUGUUCAAACAAAAAUCAUCUUGCAACAACUUUGGUUGGAGAAGUUAGGCUGGGAUGAUCAUAUUCCAGAAGAAAUUUCCAAAGCAUGGGACAAGUUUUCUGAAUCUCUUUCUGCCCUUAUGGCUAUAAAAAUUCCUAGACAUGUACUCUGCGAUGAACCAACAUCUAUAGAGCUUCACUCAUUUUGUGACGCCUCACAAAGCGCUUAUGGGGCAUGUGUAUACGCACGAUCAAUAAAUUCUGGCAAUAUUGUCACUGUGAGGUUGCUAUGUGCCAAGUCCAAGAUAGCACCUACUAAGCCCACUACCAUUCCACGCUUGGAGCUAUGUGCCGCACUCCUAGCUUCCAGGCUGUGCAAGGCGGUCAGAGAUGCUCUACGAAACAUACAAAUAAAUAUGACUGAUUUGAGUAAAGAUGCUUUCAUUAUGACAUUCAGACGCUUUGUGGCGCGACGUGGUAGGCCAACGGAAGUAUUCUGCGACAAUGGUCGCAAUUUUGUAGCUGGUGCUAAAGAAUUAAAUAAUUUCCUUAAUAUGAACGCAGAUGCUUUAUCUGAUUUUGCAAGUGGGGAGGGAAUUAAAUUCAUUUUUUCUCCUUCUUACGCUCCUCAUUUUGGCGGCAUCUGGGAGGCCGGCGUAAAAUCGGCUAAGUAUCACCUAAAACGGGUAAUGGGUAAUUCUCAUUUAACAUUUGAAGAGUUAUCUACUCUCUUUGCGCAAGUAGAGUCCAUCCUUAAUAGUCGUCCUCUUUAUCCAAUGUCCUCAACCCCCGAUGACCUCCUUUGCCUUACCCCUGGUCAUUUUCUGAUUGGCCGGGCUCUCACCGCUAUUCCGUCGCCUUCGCUUGAAGACCACAACAUCGACAACCUACGACGGUACCAGCGGAUACAACACCUCCAUCAACAUUUUUGGCGUCGAUGGCAGCGUGAAUACAUCGCUGAGCUACAGCAACGCUGCAAGUGGAAGGUUGACAAUACCAGUCUCAACAUUGGAGACCUGGUUCUUCUAAAAGAGGAUAACUCUCCUCCCUUAUGCUGGAGACUAGGACGAGUGACAAGAUUAUUUCCUGGCUCGGAUGGGAUUUCCCGAGUUGCAGAUGUGAAGACUCAGCGUGGCGUCGUGCGGCGACCACUAGUUCGGCUGUGUCCUCUACCUUCGGCUGAUAAACUGGAUAUGUAG